AUGUUCUGCAACCUGAACGGGACGGUUCUGAUCAGCGUGCUGCCUCCGCUCAUCCUGACCGAGUUUGUUUUUGGGUUCCUGGGCAACGGGCUGGCUCUGUGGAUCUUCUGCUUCCACCUGAGGCCCUGGAAGAGCAGCACGGUGUUCCUCUUCAACCUGGCCAUGGCAGACUUCCUGCUGAACGUGGCGCUGCCGCUGCGGGCCACCUACUACUUCUCCGGCCUGAACUGGAGGUCUGGGCCGGCGCUCUGCAACGUCUGCCUCUUCGUGCUGUCCAUGAACCGCAGCGGCAGCGCCUUCUUCCUCACUGCCAUCGCCGUGGACCGCUACAUGCGCGUGGUGCACCCCCACCACCCCAUCAACUCUGUGAGCGCGGGCAGAGCUGCCGCCGCAGCGCUGGGGAUCUGGCUCCUGGCCAUCCUGGUGGACGCGCCCAUCUUCGCCCUGCAGCACACCAACACCACCUACUGCGAGAGCUUCAACACGGACGUGGACCCGCAGCACGACCUCAGCUGGCACGAGUUGGUCUUCCUGACGUCCUUCUUCGUGCCGCUGCUCGUCAUCCUCUACUGCUCCGUCCACAUGGUGGUGCAGCUGAGGAGGAGGCAGCUGGCUCACAACGCCAAGGUCAGGAAGGCUCUGAACUUCAUCGUGGUGGUGGUGGUCAUCUUCUUCGUCUGCUUCCUCCCCAGCAACGUCACUCUGCUGGUGAUCUGGGUCAGGUCCAGAGAGGCGGCCCGCUCCGUCUCCACGGCGCCGCUGUGUCCUGCCUCAGAGGGCCUGGCCAUCGCCUUCUACGUCUCCAUCACGCUGACCUAUCUGAACAGCGCGCUGGACCCGCUCGUCUACUACUUCUCCAGCUCCGUCUUCAAGAACAUCUGCAGGAAAGCUCUGCGUCUGUCCCCGGAGGAAACCACGGCCGGCGCCGAGAGGAAGACCCGGGAGACGGGGGACACGGGUUCCCAGUCGCUCAGUCAGCUCUGACGGCCAGAAACCUUCAUCUGGAGCCGGUCCGGUCGGUCCGG